CCAAUAUGCCCUUUAUUUUUCUGCCGAGGCCGAGAGAGAUUCUAGCCUGAGCCGGAAGGAUCGAAGUUUCGAAGUUGUAACAGCCUAACAGGUCAAGCUCAAGCCCAAGAGCUGGCAAGCUAGUGAUUGCUAAAGCUUGCUCUCACACUCUUAGAAUCAAGGAUGCAACAGGGUGGAGGAUCAGAUACGGAAGUUACAUGGGAGGAUCAACAAAAUAUCAACAAAUUUGGAAGAUUAAACAACAGGUUUCACGAGCUUGAGGACGAGAUCAAGAUUGCUAAGGAAAUGAAUGAGAAUCUAGAAGAUGCAAGCAACGAGUUAAUCCUAACAGAUGAUGAGGUGGUAAGGUUCCAGAUAGGGGAGGUUUUUGCUCAUAUGCCAAGGGAAGAAGUAGAGAGCAGGAUAGAACAGAUGAAAGAGGUGACUAGUAAGAACUUGGAGAAGUUGGAAGAAGAGAAGGAUUCAGUUCUUGCACAGAUGGCUGAGCUAAAGAGGAUUUUGUAUGGAAAGUUCAAGGAUUCUAUCAAUUUGGAGGAGGAUUGAUUUUUUUAUGAUUUACCAAUUUCCUGUCGUGAGGGAUAAUGUGAACUCCAGAAUGACUGUUAUCAUAGUCAAUGUUUUCCCAGAAUUUCUUUUAACUGUUGGUUUUAUAAGCUAUUGACCAA